AUGCCCACCAUCGGCGUCCUCAGCCUGCAGGGCGGCUUCCAAGAACACCUCACAGCCCUCGCCCGCGCCGCCGCCUCCCUCUCCGCCUCCGCCCCCUCCGCCCCCGCCUUCACCCCGACGCCCGUCCGCACGCCCGCCGACCUCGCCCGCUGCGCCGCCCUGCUGAUCCCCGGCGGCGAGUCGACGACCAUCGCCCACCUCGCCGCCGAGUCGGCCCUGCUCGACCCGCUGCGCGCCUUCGUCGCCGCCGGCCGCCCCGUCUGGGGCACCUGCGCCGGCGCCAUCCUGCUCGCCGACGAGGCCGUCGCCGCCUCGGCCAAGAAGGGCGGCCAGGCCCUCAUCGGCGGUCUCGCCGUGCGCGUCCACCGCAACCACUUUGGCCGCCAGAUCGAGUCCUUUGUCGCCGACCUCGAGCUGCCCUUCUUGCGUGGUGGCCACGAACAACAACAACAGCAGCAGCAGCCGGCGCGUCUCUUUAGCGGCGUCUUCAUCCGCGCUCCCGUCGUCGAGGCCGUGCUCGACCCCGCUGCCGUCGAGACCCUGGCGAGGUUGCCGGGCCGCAAGACGCGCGCCGGCAUCGACCGGCCGAGCGAGAGCGAUGGCGAUGCCGAGGCGGGAGACAUCGUGGCCGUGCGCCAGGGGAAUAUCUUUGCGACGAGCUUCCACCCAGAGCUGACGGAUGAUAUUCGGGUGCACGUGUGGUGGCUCGGCGAGGUGGCAAACUACCUCGAGAAGGAGACGGCGUGA